GAUACCAUAUUCCCACGCUCUUUCUCACGUUUACUCACGCUUCCCACUCGCGGUCUACCAUCGGCUGAUCACUGGUUUCAACUUCGGAUUUCUGGCGAGUCACUACGCGACUAUAUCAUACCAUGGAAUACAUCGUCAUUCCUAUAAAGAACUCGAUCCGCUUGAUCAAUCCGCCCGCCCUUCCUCACGACAACCAUGACCGUUUCCUCGUCCCUAUACAUCUUGUUCUUGUGGUUCUCUCUCGUUCGAUCCGUACCUCUAUGGGAGAGCGCUACCGGCCAAGUCUCCAUAAACUCUUUGGUCCCCUUUGCCACCUACGUUGAGGCAAAAGGUGCAGGUUAUGUAGAAGCUAAAACGAGUCAUCUUGCAUUACAAACUCCAGGGCAUUUCGGAAAUCUCACUGUAUCGCCGAAUUCUUACCCACCUCCGAUGUUCUAUAUCCGUAACAACCAAUUGUUCCUCUACGCAAACGAAACUUCCAUCUUUAACGUCAAUGUGGUCAAUACCACUACCAUGGCACCUCCAACCGGAGAGUUUCCUUUGCAAUUAGUCGUUGACAGGAAACGCAAAGGCGUAACCAAUGGUGCAUGGAGAUGGAUGGGCACAAUGCUUGAUUAUGAAUUUGAGGGUCGCAACAAUGGAGGUGUGUAUUACCACUGCUCUAGUGAAGGGGGUGGGAGGAACCUUGUCUUGUUUUUGAAAGGUGUUCCGACUCCUGAUAACUGUUCGCUCGUUACCCUUCAUAGUUUCAUGCCAAACACGUAAUGUUUCUGAGAUGUCCUUAUAUGUAUUUAUGCUAUCAGCACUAUCUACGCCCUCUUUUUGUGUAUCGUCAAGU